AAUUUUAUUUAUAGGCUCUAAUGGGUAAUGUGUCCCUUCCAGAUGGGAUGAUGGAUGUUGGCUUAGCCCAGUUCACGUCAAUGCUAAUUAGGCUUCUACAGAAUGAAGUAGCUGGUUAGAGCACAGUAUAGAGCACAUAUUCUUUUGUCCACAUGCCAAGUUUAUGACUUUGGAAGAAUUGUUCAGUAGUCUGAAGCAGACUCUCUCGCCAGUCUAGCUACUCCCGAGAGCGCUGCACCUGUUUAGCCGGGCACGCUAAGCGCGAUCCCGCGAACUAUGUGUGGGCGCGCUCUUUAUGGCAGGUCUCAAAAGGGGGGGUAGCAGCGCAUGAGUGCGUCGUCGUUACCAGGGACGGGGUGUAGCUGUGGGUAGAAAAACAUCCACAGAAAAAAAAAAAAAAACAGCUUGAGUAGCCCACGCAGUUGUUGUCUGUAUGACAGCAGCCACCGCGCUCAUGUUAACCACAAGGAUGAGAGAGCAAUCGGGACAGGGCAGAGCUUUGAUUGUUUCCUAGGAACCGAACAGCAUCGGGAAAUAAAAAUGGAGUGGUAGGCGAUCCGCGGCGCGAGAGGCGCGUCCACCUGCUGCUACAGAAGAGUCCUGGCUCGUGGGUUAAAAACAAGGUUGGACACGGGGCAGAGAUGCACCGAAAGAAUUAUAACUAUUGAUGAUUGAUGGAUGUCCUCCAGAACCCCAAGUGCUGCCUUCAACAAAGAACUCCAGAGUCAACAAUAGAACAGCUCCACAAUCUUUAUCCGACUUUGACACCUCACACAGUCAGUGUCCCAGCUCACGGCCCAGCGGUGUUGUCUCCCUCAUCCUCCCCAGGCCUCGUGGAUAUCCCUGAUGAGGCCGCAGCCCCGCCAGCUUCUCUCUCUUCCCUCUCCUCCCUCUCCUCAUUUUCUUUACUCUCUCCACUCUCCUCCUCCUCUUCUUCCUCCUUAUCUUCCCUCUCCUCCAUCUCCUGUGCCACGUCAGUAAAACCUUGGCCUCAGAGCUGUGCAGAUAAGGCUCCUCUCUCUACAAUGGAGUUGGGUUGCAGUGAUAGCAGUGGAGGUGGCGGUGGCAGUGGCAGUUGUAUUGGCUGCAUUGAGGGGAGAGGUGACUGUCUGAGUUCUCACACCGAAGGUUCUGCAGAGCCUGAAUCUUGUGAGUCUGUCCUAGGCCUCACUCAGGACUUCCAACCUUGCCCAGCCUCAACCAUUCAGUGCCUCAGCUCAUCCUCCAGCCAAUCCGGGGAGCCGGUCCUGUCUGAUCAGCUCCUCAGUGGCUCGGCCCACGUGGUGGCGGGAGCUGCGUCGGCAUCAUCCGUGGAGGAGGAAGCGGCCGAGCGGGCGAUGCGAGAGGGGAGUGAGUCGGAUGGGGACCCGGCGGCGCAGAGCAUCUACGAGGGCCUGGGGGAGGAGGAGACGCAGGACUGGAGCUGCCUGGAGUCUCUCAUCAGCGAGAGCCGCAUGGAGCUGCUGGACCUCUGCUCCCGCAGUGAGCUGGCUGUCAACCUCUUCUGCGAGGAGGAUGUGGAGAACUACAUGUUCCAGGAGGAGGACACCACCCUGGCUGGGGAUGUCUGCUCGCUCAAGAUCCGAUACGAGUCCUUCCCAGACGGGGUUGAUGAGAGCGGCAGCGACGCCGACGCCUUGGUUCAGCAGGAGGCACAACACCUCGGCUUCUUCCCAGCAUGCACCAGGCGAGAGACGUCGAGUGAGAAGCCGGAAUCGUGGGAUAUGGACAAAGGUGACACCCUCUCGACGACCCCCAUCAUCAGCCCUGCCAGCCAGUCGCUGUUUGACUUCAGCAGCUCGCCCGGGGAGUCUGCUGAGUUUAGUGACGACGACAGCUCCUGCACAGGGUCAUCCCCUGACACUUGGCUCGCACGGCGGGAGCACGGCAAUCUGUCACGGGAGAACUCCAGCUCCUCCAGCCAGCUGAGUUACCGGCUCCGUGCGAAGAGGAAGGUGGCCUUCCGCGAGGACUACCUCUACGACGUGGACUCCAUUGAGAGCGAGAGGAAUGGUGAGAACCACGCAGAGAAGAAGCCGAAGCCGAAAAUCGGGCCAAAGGGGGAAAAAGAUGAUGACUGGUGCCCUAAAAAGAGACGAAAGUCCCACCGGAAGGACCCACCGGUCAUCAUUAAGUACAUAAUCAUCAACCGUUUCAAAGGAGUCAAACAUAUGACAGUGAAACUUGGAAGAGUGGAUGCAUCGACCACCCCUGUUAGUUUAAGUGAGGACUCCCUGACCCAGUAUGAGAAACUGGCCCCUCUGAAGGCCUUUUGGCAGAGCCAAAAGGAGGAGCAGCUGGCACUAGGCAACAACGUGAAACAUCUCAAUGGCUGCAGAUUGUCACCCAGCUCUGGUCUGAAAAAACGUAGACACAGGAUUGCCAACCGGCUGAGGAUCCAACGGAUUCAUGCAGUGGAAAAAAUGCCCACUGCAGGCAACAGACAGGAAGUGACAUCAUUCCAGAUGAACACAGCUGAACCAGAGAAAUUGGGAGACAGAAUGCCUGUGAGUGAUGAGGUGGUAUUAGGAAAUGUCACGUUGGAUUGCCCAAGGGGUCCGGGACCAAGGAGAAGGGCAGCAAGACAAGAGAGUGAAGAGAGGUGCAAGGACAACAAACCUGUACGGGUGAGGAAAUUCAAAAGUGAGGCUCGACUAAGGGCUAAGAAGCUGGCGGACGCACAGGCCCAGGCCCAGGCCCAGGCCCAGGCCCAGGCUAACCCGUCAGCCAAGGUAGUCAGUGUCUGUGGUACCCCGUGUGAGUCACGCACAAAAAACCCCCAAGACUCAAAAGUGAGCACCAGCAGCAAUGCACCAGACAAAUGCACUUUGACCUUGAACUCCCAGGGGGGCACCGCUUCUGCCAACGUGCCCCCUCUCCUAGGAGGCUAUCUUCAGACCUUGCUGGAGGCGUCUGAUUCAUCAAACAAUGCUUGCACGUCCUAUUUUCCGUUGCCACAGCAGCAACAGUCCCAGCCGUUCCUUCUUGGGGUACCUUUUCAACCCCCCCAAAGUUGCGUUCUCUCACCCCCUUCUGAGUCGGAGCUUCCGCAGUCCCCCCAUGCCCAUGGCAGCUACCCUGCAGAGAAUCAGCAAGCCCAAGGUUACGCCAGCGACACCGCACAUCACGCAGACACUAACUACCCCGCGACGUGGCCGUCUCAGCCUGGGGAGACAGACCAACUUCCUUUCCCGCCUGCCAUCCCCUCUCAAUCUCCCAUGCUGCACUCUGGCUUUCCCAAGCAGACCCUCCUGACUGACCAUCCUUUGUCAUCAGUCGGAGACAACAGAGCUGUAUCCAGCGAGGAGUCACUGCAACCUGAGCAGCAGCAGCGUCUGGACCUGGAGUAUAGCAGAACUCAAGGUGACGGUGGUGUCGGGCGGCUUGUCAGUUUCGACUCCCUUGGCUCGCUCUCUGUUGCCUCCAGCAACUACAGCUCCCUGAGCCUGCAUGAGGGAGAAGGCGAGGGGGAAGAGGGUGAGAUGAAUGACAACUUCCUGUCCCACUGCAGCCCGCAGCUGGUGCUGCAGCAGAGCCUGGAGGAAGUGACCCCGCUGCGCGAGUCAACAGACCUUCUUGACAUCUCCAACUUUACACCGGACAAGUUUCGUCACGCCUCUCUGUCCGAGAUGUCUCCUCCUGAGACUCCCAACCCUUCCCCUCAUCUGAUUCGGCAAGGCGCAGGUUUCACCCCUGAGCCUGGAGCCUCUGAGCUGCAGUGGGACUGUGGAGUGGUGAGCUCUGAGCUUGAGGACGUGAACGGAUCGAGACACACUCACCUGCUUCAGAUACAUUCCUUUGGUCCAGACGAGGAAAAUGAGGAUGAGAGCAACAAUCACGGCAAGGAUGAGGAGGGUUUAAAAGGUCAGAAAGGGCCGAAACGGAAAGGUGCCAAGUGGGGACCCAAAAAGACUAAAAACUCCAAAGCUGCCAAAGGCGAGCAGAGUAAGUCCCCCAGGCAGGAGUCGAAAUCUGCCCGAAAGAUCAAAGCCAUACUGGAGGGGAAGGCAGACAAAGAAAUGGUGGGUUCCCAGUGCGGCACCGACUCUCCUUCAGUCGCCAUGUUAGGCCUCACAGGGGAGUGGCCUGGUGUCGGAGGCUUGUCUGACGACGACCAACAGGAGUUCAAGGAGCCGUCCAACAUCCUGUCCAACAUUGUGUCCGGCAUGGCAGAAGUUCAGCGCUUCAUGCGGGCGUCGGUUGAGCCACUGUGGGGACCGUGCCCACCCCCAGGGGAACAGUCACUCCAGAGCCAGACGCUGAAGAUUCUGGGAGGGCCAAUCGAAUCCGGGAAGAAGCGGGGGUAG